UUUAGAGUCUCAUAGUGGCCCUUCAUCUUUGCCUAUGUUCCCGAACUAUAAUGCUCCCCAUCCCGAGAUCCAACAAUCUCAUGAUUUUGAGCAAGUGAACGCGAUGUUUCAACCUAAGUCUAGAAAUGAUCCUUUUGCACCAACGUACAACCCCGGGUGGAAGAAUCACCCGAACUUCUCGUGGAACCAAGGGCAAAAUUUUCAAGCCCCACAACCUAAUUUUCCUAGGCCCAAUCCCAAUUCUUUUCCGAAUUAUCAAAACCCGAGCCAAGCUCCGAUAAAUCCUCCCGGUUUUAAUGAUUCGGAUAAGAGACUCAAUUCCUUAGAAAAGAGCAUAGAGGCCUUAGUGAAAUCGCAAACUAACUUUACCCAAUCCCAACAAACCUUCAUGCAAACUUUAACUCAAGAUAGGCAACUUUUGCAUUCUAAUGUGCAAGCCGUCUCUAAGUUAGAGUCCCAAUUGAGUCAAUUAGCAAGCACAUUGUGUGAGCGAGAAAAGAACAAAUUCCCGAGCCAACCCGAGGUGAACCCGAAAUUCCCUCUUAAUCAAAGACCCCCGGAUAAUGUACAUUCGGUCAUUUCUCUUAGGUCGGGUAAACAAGUAGAGACCCACGUUGGUGAGAACCUUGGUAAGAAAGGGGAUUCGACUUCUAAUCCAAGUCCACCCAUUACUACCAUUAAUCAUGACAAACCCGAGUGUUCGAAAGCCCGUGAGGAGUCGAGUGACCCAAACCCGGAACCCGAGUUGCAAAGUGAAGUAGUAUAUAAACCGAGAGUCCCUUACCCACAAAGACUUAUUUCACCUAAGCAAUCGGCUCAAAUGGAGAAGAUUUUGGAAGUGUUUAAGCAAGUCAAGGUCAACAUACCCCUUUUAGAUGCAAUUCAACAAAUUCCCUCAUAUGCUAAGUGUCUUAAGGAGUUAUGUACCCAUAAGAGAACCAACCAUGUCCCUAAGAAAGCUUUCCUUACAUCUCAUAUAAAUGCAAAGCCCGUGAGAGAACCCCAAAGGAGGUUGAAUCCUCCCAUGAUGGAGGUAGUUAAGAAAGAGAUUCUUAAGUGCUUAGACAAUGGGAUCAUUUAUCCCAUCUCCGAUAGUAAGUGGGUGAGUCCCGUCCAUGUUGUGCCCAAGAAGUCGGGCAUCACUUUAGUGACGAACGAGAACAAUGAGCAAGUUCCAACACGUGUCCAAUCCGGUUGGAGAAUGUGUAUAGACUUUAGGAAGCUCAACGCCGUCACUAGGAAAGAUCAUUUUCCUUUGCCUUUCAUCGAUCAAAUGCUAGAGAGGUUAGCGGGUCAUGCGUUUUAUUGCUUCUUAGAUGGUUACUCGGGAUAUUUUCAAAUCCCGAUUGCACCCGAAGACCAAGAAAAGACCACUUUCACUUGCCCUUUUGGAACCUUCGCUUAUAGACGUCUAGCUUUUGGCCUAACCACGGGCCCGUCCACGUUCCAAAGGUGCAUGACUAGCAUCUUCUCGGAAAUGAUAGGUGACUUUCUAGAAGUCUUCAUAGAUGACUUCCCCAUCUUUGGACCAUCUUUUCACCAAUGCCUUAACAAUCUAGACUUAGUGUUGAAAAGAUGUGAGGAAACGGAUUUAGUGCUAAAUUGGGAGAAAUGUCAUUUCAUGGUUAAGGAGGGAAUCGUUUUAGGACACAAAAUUUCUGAAAAAGGGAUCGAAGUAGACAAGGCUAAGGUCGACCUAAUAGCUAAUCUCCCACCUCCCAAGUCCGUUAAGGAAAUUCGUUCUUUCCUUGGACAUGCGGGAUUUUAUCGUAGAUUCAUCCAAGAUUUUAGCAAAAAGGCCCGACCUUUGACCAACCUUCUAGCUAAGGAUGUCAAAUUCGAGUUCACAAGCGAGUGUGUUCAUUCUUUCGAAGACCUUAAAAGAGAAUUGACUUCAGCCCCGAUCAUGAAGUCUCCCGAUUGGAUUCAACCUUUUGAGCUUAUGUGUGACGCAUCCGAUUAUGCGAUAGGAGCGGUUUUAGGACAACGAAUAGAUAAGAGGCCUCAUGUCAUUUACUACGCUAGUAAGACUUUAAAUGAUGCCCAACUCAAUUACUCUACCACCGAGAAGGAGCUUCUAGCCGUAGUCUUUGCCUUAGAAAAAUUUCGCUCUUAUCUUAUCGGGUCCAAAAUCAUUGUUUACACCGACCAUGCCGCUCUUAAGUACCUUUUCUCUAAACAAGACUCAAAAGCCCGUUUGAUUAGAUGGGUAUUGUUACUCCAAGAGUUUGACUUAGAGAUUAGGGAUAAGAAAGGUUGUGAGAAUGUCAUUGCCGAUCACCUCUCUCGACUAGUGGUUGAAUCCACUAACGACUUGCCCUUAAGCGAGUCAUUUCCCGACGAACACCUUCUCUCGAUUUCCACUCUCCCUUGGUUCGCCGACAUAGUCAAUUACCUAGCGACCGGUGACAUUCCCUCGACUUGGUCCAAGAAUGAUAAAUCCAAGUUCUUUUCUCAAGUGAAACAUUUCUUUUGGGACGACCCGUAUCUCUUUAAGCAUUGUCCCGACCAAAUCAUUAGGAGGUGUGUCCCAAAUAGUGAGCUUGCUACCCCUUAUCAUCCUCAAACUAGUGGCCAAGUAGAGGUUUCGAACCGGCAAAUUAAGCAAAUCUUAGAAAAGACGGUUAAUUCGAAUAGGAAGGAUUGGUCCACCAAGUUGAUAGACGCCUUAUGGGCCUAUCGGACCGCCUUUAAGACCGUCUUAGGAAUGUCUCCUUAUAGACUCGUGUAUGGUAAAGCUUGCCAUUUGCCGGUUGAGUUAGAGCAUAGGGCCAUGUGGGCCAUUAGAGAAUUGAACUUCGACUUACCCACCGCCGGUAGUCAUCGGAAGUUGCAAUUGACCGAGUUGGACGAACUUAGAAAUGAUGCCUACGAAAAUGCUAAAAUUUACAAAGAGAGAACUAAGGCCUUCCAUGAUAAGACCAUUUUGAGAAAAUCCUUUUCUCCCGGCCAAAAAGUUCUUCUCUACAACUCUAGGCUUCAUUUGUUUCCCGGUAAGUUGCGUUCUAGAUGGGACGGUCCUUACAUUGUUCAAGUUGUGUUUCCUCACGGUGCUGUUGAAAUUCAGGAUCCUAAAAAUGGUAAUGUUUUCAAAGUUAAUGGUCAACGUCUUAAACCAUUUUUAGAAUUGCCUGUUGAUUCGGAGGAAGAGGUCAUCCACCUCAUCGAACCUUGAUCAUGUAAGUUGCUUCAGUAGUUAAUAAAAAUCCCCUUCAUCUCCUAUUCAGGUAUUUUUCUUCUUUACUCUCUCAUUUCAAUUCUCUCUUUUGCAUACAUUGAGGACAAUGCAUGAUUUAGGUAUGGGGAGGGCUUUAGUGUAAUUCUAAAAAAAUGAAAAACCCUAAAAAAUGAAAAAAUUAGAAAAUUCCAAAAAUAGAGAUACUUUUAGCUAAGUUGUCUUUCCCUCACUCGAACUUUAGGAGUAGUUGGUGUUUAGCAUGUUUUCGAAAAAUAUAUAUAUGUAGUGUCUUUUAGAUAAUUUGAACGUAGUCGAGUAAGGUUAUCUUUUUGAAACUUGUAUCGACCGAUUUGUACUCUAAAUUCCAAGAUGGCACACACUUUUGCACGAGACCUUUGAUGGAGAGAUUGUCUAGUGAUAUUAUUCGAUACCUGAGAGAGAACCCACAUGUUGAAACAAUGUCGAAUCGAACCUUUGCGAAUAAAAAAAAGAGAGAAAAAGAAAAAAAAAAUAGAAAAAAAAAGAGAUAAAAAAAAAAGGAAUAACUACUUCAAUACCCAUUGUUCUUUAUAGAUAAAAUCUUUAGAUAAAUGGGCAAAAGUAGAUUGGCUAGUCUCGUUUUGUGGCUUUUGUUACUCGAGCAAUUAAGUCCGUAGGGGGAUUUCAAAACCUAGUGCCCUAAGACCGUUUGGUUUGGGAGUCACUGACCUAAAGCUCGCUACAUGGGUAACAUUGUUUGCCUAAGAAAACGGACAAAAUAAAGUCAAUGCAAAAAAAAGAAAAAAAGAAAAAAAAGAAUAAGAGUUUGUGAAGUUUGGCUAGAUAUUUGUUUCGAUAGAGAUUGGGUGAGUUCAAAAUUGGUUGAAAAAGAGAAAAUGUUCUUAGACAAUUAGGAUCCAUCAAAGGCCUUAAAUUACUUACACUCCUUGGAUUUCUAGUAAAUUUUUGUGUCGAUGCAAGUAGAUUAGAGACAACUGUAUCUUGAUUAUUAGUAGAUAAGUCUUUAAGUCGUAUUUUCCUUAAAAACGCUUUUUGUUAACACCAACGAAAUUAGAGUAGAGUCGAGUAGACACUUGCUAGAAUGUCUCGAAGAUUUUAUGGGUAUAUCUUCUGUAAACCCUUAGGAGACAAAACUCCUCUUGUAGAGAUCGUCUACGAGUUUAACGGGUUGGUGAACCUAAAAUCACCCGUCACGCCUACGAAAAGGAGCCUAGGAAUCGCAUCUAGUUUUCUUAGUUUAUUUUAUUUUCUUUUGAUUUUUACUCGAGGACGAGCAAAAUAUAGGUAUGGGGAAGUUUGAUUAGUCCAUAUUUUUGCAUAUUUAAGUGCCUAUUUUUUGUUUAUUUUCGUAGUAUUAAUCGCUUAUUUAUUUUAUUUCAGGAAAUUGUAGAUAAAUAAAGAAAGAAGAGAAAAUGCAAGAAAAAAGGGAGAAAAAGAAAAGAAAAGAAGAAAAUCAAAGAGAGUUGGCAAGAAAGGGGGCACAUGGAUGGCUAUGAUUUACCCAACACACAUCACACAUGGAUGGAUUAGAUUUAGCCACCCUACCCCUAAACCCUACAUUUCUAGCUAUAAAUACCCCACCCCCUUUACU